CGCCAUCUUGGAGCCUGCAGCCGCCAUGGCGUCAAGGGCGCUGAGCGCCGCGCUGCUGUGCCUGGGCGGCGCCCUCGCGUACUCUGAGCUGCACUUGCUGUCCCUCAGGGAGGGCCCCGGCCCGGCGCCAGGACAGGCCACUGUGCCUGGGCCGCCGGAAGCGGAGCAGCCGGUCACGAAGGAUUGUGGAAUAGCACCACUUAGAGGUGCAGUGGAAGGGUCUCGGAUUAUAGGAGGUACUCAAGCUGACACUGGUGCGUGGCCAUGGCAGGUUAGCCUGCAGGUUCAAGAUGGCGAUAUUCUUAUGCAUGUAUGUGGUGGCGCCCUAGUGAGAGACAGGUGGGUCCUCACAGCUGCUCACUGCACAAAAGAGGCUAGAGAUCCUCUGAAGUGGAGAGCGGUGAUGGGGACCAAUGACCUCACUCGGAGCCCCUACCACAGCAGGAAUAUACGAAUAACAGCCAUCAUCAUCCCACCAGAUUUCAUUAUGGAAACGUUCGUAAAUGAUAUCGCACUGUUCCGUUUAAAGAGAGCUGUGAGGUAUAAUGACUAUAUUCAGCCCAUUUGUCUACCUUUUGGUGUUUUCCAAAAACUGGACCAAAACACAGCGUGUUUUAUAAGUGGCUGGGGAAGAACCAAAGAAGAAGAAAGAACCAGAGUCUGUUGGGGCCUCUGGCAGGGUGACAGCGGGGGACCAGUAAUGUGCUACCUACCGGAACACAGCAGAUACUUCGUCAUGGGAAUCACCAGUUAUGGCCACGGCUGUGGGCGGAGACAUUUCCCCGGCAUCUACAGCAACCCGAACUUCUUCCAGGAGUGGAUGACACAUUAUUUAUCACAGGGAAACAUCAACCGCCUGUUUAAUAUGGACAUAGUACUUGGCCAGGUCCUCACAGCCCUAGGUUCUGUCCUCCUACUAGGAGUAACAUAAGGAACCUUUGGGGCAGAGGGUCACCCCGCCCCUGCUGCGUCUACAACAGAACAUGUGUGCAUGGCUCACUUUAGUGCGUCCAUGUCAACACUGGGUUGUUUUUGUUUUUGUUUUUUUAACAAAAAGGAUUGUGACAAGUACAUAGUUGUGACUUUUGGCACCAAACCCCAUGUUUUCUCACUAGACUCUGAUUCAUAAUGCCAUAUUUGGAAUACUUUGCUAGGGUUUGUAUAAAAUAUUCAUUUACUAUGUACUUUAUGUGUA